AUGUACCCAGCCUUUUGCGUCAAAACUUUGAGCGCAUAUCCUCCGGUUGUUUCUGCCUCCACCACGUUCCAAGCGGCCCAGGCCGUGCUCAGAUUCAGCAUAUCACAAGCUCAAAUAUCUGCCAGUUUCGCAGCAAAAGCGGCAAAAGAGAAUCCAAACUUGAAGAAGCAGUUUGCAGGGUGUCAAGAUGCCUUUGUGACCAUUAUAGAGCAUUUCAAUAACGCUAUCAGGGAUCUCCAAAAGUCACCAGACGUUUCAAAAUAUGAAGCCAUGAUCUGUACGGACAACACGGCGAUAGUUAAGAAUCUGGUCGGGAAAAAUGGAGACAUGGCUUCCAAGAAUAUGGUGAAUAUGACAUUGAUGAUGGAGAAGAUUAUUGAUAUUGCUGUUGGAGCCACUAUAGCUGUUGGUGGGUAA